UUCUUUGUUUCUUCACAAUACAAACUGCAUCGUGUCUUUUUUACUUUGGGUUUCUCUGUGAGUCUCUGCAGCUCCAUGACUCCAUCUGCUGGACUGAUAGUAGAAGUGCAGCAGCUGAUCUUCUCCAGGAGGAUCUGAGUGGAUGAAUGAUGUUUGUUUCCUGUGCAGGUGAAGGUAGAAAGUGUGUGUGAGCUGCUGUGAGUUGAGCAUCAUGGAUGAGUGUGAGGACAGAGAGGAGGGAGUCCCUCCCUCUAAAAGCUCUCUGUGUGGGGAACAGGAGAACCAGAGCAAAGCUCAGAGGAAUCCACCUGGACCUGGACCUGGACCUGGACCUGGACCUGGACCUGGACCUGCAUCCAGCUGUGUGUCCUUAAAGAGCGACCGGUCGAUGGGUCGCUUAAUUGAAUUUAAAGAUGAUCAACCUCCUGCUGCAGAGAAAAUCCAUCAGAGACCAGAGUCCUCUGGACCUGGACCUUCAUCCAGCUGUGUGUCCUUAAAGAGUGACUGGUCUAAGGAUAAACCUCCUGAUUUGAAAGGAGAACAAGGUCCUGCUGCAGAGGGAGUGGAGCAGCAGAACUCAGAGGUUCCCAGAGCUCAGUCUGUCCAGCACCAUCACCUGGACUCCAUAUUCAUGCUGCUGGAGGACAACAUGGUGACUUUUGUGAAGAAGGAGCUGAAGAAGAUGCAGAAGGUUGUGAGUCCAGAUUACCCAGAAUGCUCAGAGAGUCAGAGGGAGGAUGAGGAGGAGUUGGAGGGUGAUGAUGAAGAUGAGAGGAGCAGCAGAGAGAUGUUUGAGCAGAUCACAGUGUUGUUCCUGAGGAGGAUGAAGCAGGAGAAGCUGGCUGACUGUCUGCAGAGCAAACUUGUUGCUCCAGUUUGUGGACGUAAACUUAAAUGUUCUCUGAAGAAGAAGUUCCAGAGAGUGUUUGAGGGCAUCGCUAAAGCAGGACAGAAGACCCUCCUGAAUGAGAUCUACACAGAGCUGUACAUCACAGAGGGAGGGACUGCAGAGGUCAAUGAUGAACAUGAGGUCAGACAGAUUGAAGCAGCAUCCAGGAAAGCAGACAGAGCAGAAACAAGCAUCAGACCAGAAGACAUCCUUAAAGGCUCACCUGGAAGAGAUGGACCAAUCAGAACAGUGAUGACACAGGGAGUGGCUGGCAUCGGGAAAACAGUGUUAACACAGAAGUUGACUCUGGACUGGGCUGAAGACAAAAGCAACCAGGACAUCCACUUCAUGUUUCCAUUGACUUUCAGAGAGUUGAAUGUGCUGAAAGAGAGAAAGUUCAGCUUGGUGGAACUUGUUCAUCACUUCUUCAGUGAAACCAAAGCAGCAGGAAUGUGCAGCUUUGAAGACUUCCAGGUUGUGUUGAUCUUUGACGGUCUGGAUGAGUGUCGCCUUCCUCUGGACUUCCACAACAAUGAGGUCCUGACUGAUGUUACAGAGUCCACCUCAGUGGAUGUGCUGCUGACAAACCUGAUCAGGGGGAAUCUGCUUCCCUCUGCUCGCCUCUGGAUAACCACACGACCUGCAGCAGCCAAUCAGAUCCCUCCUGACUGUGUGGACAUGGUGACGGAGGUCAGAGGGUUCACCGACCCACAGAAGGAGGAGUACUUCAGGAAGAGAUCCAGAGAUGAGGAGCAGGCCAGAAGCAUCAUCUCCCACAUGAAGACAUCACGAAGCCUCCACAUCAUGUGUCACAUCCCAGUGUUCUGCUGGAUCACUGCUACAGUUCUGGAGGAGCUGCUGAGAAGCAGAGAGGGAGGAGAUCUGCCCAGAACCCUGACUGAGAUGUUCAUCCACCACCUGGUGGUUCAGACCAAAGUCAAGAAGGUCAAGUAUGAUGGAGGAGCUGAGACAGAUCCACACUGGAGUCCAGACAGCAGGAGGAUGAUUGAGUCUCUGGGAAAACUGGCUUUUGAGCAGCUGCAGAAAGGAAACCUGAUCUUCUAUGAGUCUGACCUGACAGAGUGUGGCAUCGAUAUGAGAGCAGCCUCAAAGUACUCAGGAGUGUUCACACAGAUCUUUAAAGAGGAGAGAGGACUGUACCAGGACAAGGUGUUCUGCUUCGUCCAUCUGAGUGUUCAGGAGUUUCUGGCUGCUCUUCAUGUCCAUCAGACCUUCAUCAAGUCUGGAAUCAACCUGCUGGAAAAACAACAACAAACAACGUCUCGUUGGUCUAAACUGUUCAGACAGAAGAUAGAUCCAACACUUUUCUACCAGAGAGCUGUGGACGAGGCCUUGCAGAGUCCAAACGGACACCUGGACUUGUUCCUGCGCUUCCUCCUGGGUCUGUCACUGCCGACCAAUCAGAAUCUCCUACGAGGCCUGCUGACACAGACAGGAAGUCUCUCACAGACCAAUCAGAAAACAGUGAAGUACAUCAAGAAGAAGAUCAGUGAGAACGUGUCUGCAGAGAGAAGCAUCAAUCUGUUCCACUGUCUGAAUGAACUGAAGGAUGUUUCUCUGGUGGAGGAGAUCCAACAGUCCCUGAGAUCAGGACGUCUGUCCACAGAUAAACUGUCUCCUGCUCAGUGGUCAGCUCUGGGCUUCAUCUUACUGUCAUCAGGAGAACAUCUGGACGUGUUUGACCUGAAGAAAUACUCUGCUUCAGAGGAGGUUCUUCUGAGGCUGCUGCCAGUGGUCAAAGCCUCCAAGAAAGUUCUACUGAGUGGCUGUAAUCUGUCAGAGAGAAGCUGUGGAGCUCUGUCCUCAGUCCUCAGCUCCCAGUCCUCCAGUGUGACAGAGCUGGACCUGACUAACAACAACCUGCAGGAUUCAGGAGUGGAGAGUCUUUCUGCUGGACUGGAGAGUCCACACUGUAAACUGGAAGCUCUCAGGCUGUCAGGCUGUCUGGUCACAGAGGAAGGCUGUGCUUCUCUGGCCUCAGCUCUGAGCUUCAAGACCUCAAAUCUGAGAGAGCUGGACCUGAGCUACAACCAUCCAGGAGACUCAGGAGAGAAGAUGCUGAGAGCUAAAGUGGAGGAUCCACACUGUAGACUGGAAACUCUCAGGGUGACGCCUGCUGGAGUCCGAUGGUUGACACCAGGUCUGAGGAAGUAUUCCUGUCAACUCACAGUCGACACAAACACAGUAAACAGAGAACUCAAACUGUCUGAAAAUAACAGGAAGGUGACAUUUGUGGAGGAGGUUCAGUCGUAUCCUGAUCAUCCAGACAGGUUUCACUACUGUCCUCAGCUGCUGUGUAGAACUGGUCUGACUGGUCGCUGUUACUGGGAGGUGGAGUGGAGAGGAAAGGUUUAUAUAUCAGUGAGUUACAGAGAAAUCAGAAGGAAAGGAGUCAGUGAUGAAUGUUGGUUUGGAUCUAAUGAUCAGUCCUGGAGUCUGUUCUGCUCUGGUGGUGGUUACUCUGUCAGACACAACAACAGUAAAACACCCAUCAGUUCCUCCUCAGUCUCUCACAGAGUUUCAGUUUAUGUGGACGUUCCUGCUGGAACUCUGUCCUUCUACAGAGUCUCCUCUGACUCUCUGAUCCUCCUCCACACCUUCAACACCACAUUCACUCAACCUCUCUAUCCUGGAUUUGGGUUCUACAGGUUCUAUCCUGGUUCCUCAGUGUUUCUGUGCUGAGUUCAGUCUCCAGAGUCUCCUCCUGUCAGAGAAACAGUGUUGAACAGAUAGUUGAGUCUCUCCAUGACUCUGUCCCUCACAAACAUGUUUUCACAUUCAUGGAUUAAAUCUAAUCUUCUUCCUCUUCAAAGAUGAAGUUGUGAUUCUUCCAGGAGCCAAAUGUGGUGUUUGCGUCUUUUUCCAGUCAAAUGUUGAGAGUGAAAAUCAGGAUGUGGUGUUCCUCUGACGCUCACUUGAACUAAAAGCAUUUGAGCUGCACAAAGUGUGAAAUGAGAGAGGAAGCAGUGAAUCUACAAACUGCUGACAGACUUUCACACAUUAUUGUCCAGAGAAAAUCAGGUUUUUGUGUAUAAACAACUGUGCAAACUCUGUUUUAUAAUCUAAUAUUGUUAUUGUAUUCAUUUGUUCCUUUUUUCUUUUUAGAACAAACAGACAUUUAAAAUCUUUUCCUGUAAAAACAUCUGAUGAUUAUUUAGCUCACAGAGUUUUAAAACCUUCACAAAGCAAACAGAAAUCACACAAACAUCCAGUUAACACGACGUGUUUUCAUCUGAAUAUUCUUUCUAUUCAGACAUUCUAGUUUCUUUUCUGCACUUUAGUCUUGAAGCAAUGAGGACAAACCUACAUUAUUAUUAAAUCUCUCUUUUUAUCCAACAGGAAAUCUAAAUUCUUCCACAUAUUUUAGACUUUCUCUCUAAAAACAGGACAAAAGAAGCUGCAGAACUACAGAAAUAUGAAUGUAAAAGCUGAAUCAGUCUGAAAACUAAACACAAAACUAAUCUGCAGCGUUUAGUUCUGAUCAAUAAUCAGUUUUUUACAGAUUUCUGGUGCUUGGUGGACUGAAGGAACGGCGCCUCCUGCUGGAGUCUCAGCAACAAGAAUUAAAUCACAUGUUCUGAAAAUGAGUGAAAUGAUUCUUAGUUUGAACAGGAAUAGAAUAAAAGAGCAGGAUUUCAUGUUUUUUCUCAGUGUGUCGACCUCUUCUACCAACAAAAAUCACAUUAAAACAUGAGAGAAGCAGUUUUUGUGUUUUAAAUUCAUAAAUAUUUUGAAGAGAAGGUUCUGAAUAAACUGUGGUUAGAAGAAACAUUUUAGCCGCUAACGGCCACGAUAUUAAAGAUUACAAACAUCUGCAUCACCUGUAAUGUUAACAAACACACAGAUCAAUAUUUACAUAUAUAUUAGAGAUGUUAAAUAUUUAUCUCUAUAUACCGACCAGCCCCCCCCUGCCUACCAUCCUGCCCUUGGAAUGAAUAGUUUUGUUGAGCAGCCUUUGAACUGAUCUCUGGUCUGUUCUGAUGUUGGACUUGUUUGUUCCUCAGAGCUGCAUCAGACUGUUCUGGACACUUUGUCUUGUCCUGUUAGUUCACUUCCUCCUGUUUCAUCAGUUUCUUUGUUCAGUUUAUCCAGUUUCAGGUUGUUUUUUUCUAUGUUUCCUCUUUUGAACUUAGUUGUUUGUUUUUGCAGUCGCAGCAGUUUUGUUUGUUUCUGGAAUGAGUUUGGUUUAUUUUCUCCUCAGUCCAGUUUGAACAUUUCUGUAUUGAUUUAGUUCCUGCUUUGUUUAAUAAAGUCCUUUUGAAUCCUC